AUGCGUAACCAACUUCGUGUAUGUUCAUUUGGCUGGAAGUGAUUUUGCUUAGACACACUUCUGCAACAAUAAAUCUGGAAUAUAUACAAAAUGCAGACACCACCGAUAUUCAUCGACAUCAGUCCCGAAGACCAGGCACUAGAGCUUCGUGCUUAUUUCAAGUCCUUGGGGGCUGAAAUAACCGAAGAGAAGUCUCCAAGAGGUAUUGAGGAUGAUUUGCACAAGAUCAUUGGAGUUUGUGAUGCUUGCUUCCGGGAGGGUCAAGAGGUAGAAGUUGAGGCUGUCUUGAAUGACAUUGUUUCAAUCAUGGUUUUUAUUCCAUUUGAGAGGUCAGAGAAUAUCAUCUUGGCAUUCUGUGAGAAACUCACCAAAGCUCCAGGUCAAAAAUUGGGAUUAAUCUGUUUGAAGGCAUUGUUACUUUUGUUCCAAUCUCUGGAUGAGCAAUGCGCAAUAAGGUAUCACGUUUACUAUCAUCUCAUACUGAUAGGCAAGCAAACUGAGCAAGUUCGUUUGGUAUUCAAAGAUAUUGAAACGCUGAAACAGCAGUUCGCUCAAUGCCCGCCGACCAGCGAGCAGUUGCAGAAACUGUACAGGUUGUUGCACGAAGUGUUGAUCGCAAGUGGACAGUCUGAGCAGGCUGCUAAAGUUUUGGUGGAACUUCUGGGCACCUACACCGUUGAGAACGCUUCCCAGGCGAGGGAGGAUGCUAGACUGUGCAUCGCUACCGCUCUCGCCGAUCCGAAAACGUUCCUUCUGGACCCGCUUUUAUCUUUGAAACCCGUCAGUUUCUUGGAAGGACAACUCAUCCACGAUCUGCUCACGAUCUUCGUCAGCGAAAACCUUGCAGCCUACAUGAACUUCUAUAAGAACCAUAAAGAAUUUGUCAUGUCGCAAGGCUUGAACCACGAGAAAAACAUGCAGAAGAUGCGAUUGCUCUCGUUCAUGCAGCUUGCUGAAACGAACAACGAGAUUUCCUUCGAUGUCAUUCAGAAGGAAUUACAGAUUUCAGAAGAUGAAGUGGAAAGUUUCAUUAUUGAAGUAUUAAAGACGAAAUUGGUGAGGGCUCGCAUGAACCAGUCAACGCGUAAAGUGUUCAUUACCAGCACCAUGCAUCGUACUUUCGGUAGGGCCCAAUGGCAACAGCUCAGGGAUCUGCUGCACUCGUGGAAAGCGAAUCUGGGAUCCGUGCAGGAUGGUAUGAAGAACAUGGCAACCGCUGCCGCAGCCGUUGACAAGAACGAAGUUAUAACAUAUUUUAUGAUGAAACAAUAAAAUAUUCAAUUUUUGAUUGA